GCGCCGUCUUCCUACACGAAACGAACGGUUAUCGCACUGCCAGAACGAAAUACCGCUCCACGUAAGAACGAUGACAUGAUAACUUCUAGUACUGACGAGGAGCAAAUGACACUUGGCACGAAACUGAAUCAAGCGCACGAGCAUUUGCUGGUUCGUAGAUUUCCUACCCAGCAUCCACCGCGCUCGUUGAGCCGGGAACCCAAACAGUAUACGACAAAAUGGCUAUGCAUCGAACGUUACUGCCUCGUAGGGGCUCCAAGAACGAAAGCGAAAGGGACGACGACGAAGCGGAGAACAAUGGAUAUAUCGAGGUGUUCGUCAAGCCACUGGAGCAGGGCAACUACAGUUUUCUUCUCAGCUGGGUGGGGCUGGGCAACGCCAGUCUGACAGCUCAUCAGCUGGCCGUGCUAUACGGAUUCUCCCUCCUUGUCGCUAGCACCGUCUUGUACCAACUGCUCCGCUGCGAUGUGGGCUUGUUAUUCCAACGACUGUGUGCGCUGCUUGUCCCCAUGUUCAGUAUUCUAUGUGCGUUUUACUGGCUGUCGCUGUACCUGCGCAAGACGUGGAGCAACACCAGCGUGUACCUGUUGUUUUGUUCGUGCUACCUGGGGGAAACCCUGGCACAGGCUUUCCUCCGCGACUGGAGCAGCGCUAUACCCGCCGACUCGCCGGGCGCCGCCAGCGUCACGCAACCGCUCAUCAUCGUCGUUGUGUUGUUGGCCAUCAGCAUCGCCAGUGUGUUUUCAUCGUUGGAGACCGUUCACAGUGUUUUUAUCAUACUGCUCGUCAGUUUUACGCGAUUUCUGGCAUGCACCUCUAUGGUGGACCUGCCCCCGGGGAUCCGCCCCUACGUGGCGUACACGUGCAGUUUCGCGGGUAUCCUUGUGUCAAAGUACAUGGAGACUGUGCUGAAGCCGCCCAUUCAGAAUUUCAUGACCCAGGACGGGAAGAUCCCUGUCAUCAAGCGGAGGCGGUCGAGUUCCACCAGCGCCCACGCCUUCGCCAUGCACCGGUCGGCCAGGCGAACCUCCCUGCCUGCACUCAUACAGAAAAGUCAGAGUUCGUCUGCGGGGUACGAGUCAGCGAUUAUCGGCGAGGCUCACGGUCUGAUCAUGGACAUGCUGGCCGACGCCAACGUUCCCCCCCACAUCGUGAGUGGCCUGCGCGCGGUCAGCAACCUGCUCAAGCCGACGGACAACCACGCAGCCACCCACAAACCCAAAGUGAGCCCGCUCGUCUCGCUGACCGAGUCGUCCUCGUAUGGCUCAGACACCGAGGAGAGUCCCUACACCGGGGAGCGGCCCUCCUCACUGCCAAAGCGAUUACGUCGGAGUUUGCCGCCGAGUCUGAUUCGUCGAAUGUCGUCGAGCACGUGGACGACCACAACCACUGCCACGGGGAUGCCCACUCUGGAGCCUGAGCCAUGUAGGAUACGCAGUGCUAGCUUCCGCCACUCAAGGGAGGGAACCCCGGGCUCCAGUCCCACAGGCAGUCGGAGCAACAGUCCGUCACCCAGCUCUAACACAGCAGUGGUGUUAACAAUUCCAAAAUCACGCUCGUUUUCCUUAGCCAACCCUCCCAGCGCCCAGAGCUACCAGCGACGCCUGUCGUCACGCAAGAGCAUGGCUGCGUCACUCGAGAACGUGAUGAGUCCAACUCGCAGCGAGCUGACGCGGCCCAUGAGUCCACUCGUGAAGGAAGGCCUGCAGGAGGAGUCGCACGCAUCGCCGGUGGCGGCGAGUAACAAAGACGUCGAGUACUCGACACUGAAACGCUUCAACAUCACCUCCGACUACGAGAGCAGUGACUCACCCAGCAACAGCGACCACAGUGACAACGUCACAACCAGCGAGGACGUAGCUGCUAUAUCACCUGCUAAAAAGGUGUGUUCAAUCACCCUCAAACGCCAUUUUGAGAUUCUCGCAGAGUUCAAUGCAAAGGUGAAUGACGAUGACGCGGUGGGUAUCGACUGGACGCAGGAGUCUGACCGGGUGCUUGUCAUGGAGAUGGUCAUCAAGCUGGCAGACAUCAACGGACCGGCAAAGAGUAAAGACUUACAUCUACAGUGGACUCGGAGAAUUGCGGAGGAGUUCUAUGAACAGGGCGAUGAAGAAUCAAACCGUGGGAUGCCCAUUUCUCCGUAUAUGAAUCGUACUAACCCUCAACUUGCCAAACUGCAAGAAACAUUCAUCAACCACUUGGUGGCGCCACUGUGUAAUGCCAUGGUGAUGGGCGGCUUGUUGCCGGGGACGUGGGUGGAAGAGGACAGUGAUGCUGACAGUUUUUCGGAUACAGAAAAAGGUGACCGGCAAAUGGGUAAGGAUAGUGAAGAGGAUACAGAUGUCAAUGAUUCUGAAUCAGGUGUUACCAAGUCGGACACCCCUAUCAAACCGCCUCGCAAGGUGAAUUGUCUGUUGACAAAACACAUGAAGGAAAACUACGAUGCAUGGAUGAAAAUAAUGCGGGAACAGGAGGCCGAGCGACUGGGAGCGGAACCCGACACAUCACAAACCAGUCUACAGUCGGAACUCGACCUGAUGUCGGAAAAGUCUGAGAUCGUGGAGAUGGAGCCAAUCAAAGAGGAGUCUGAGUCUCCGCCCCACACCGCAACGCUGGCCGGCGGCAAGUCGUUUUCCGACGUGCAGACCACGUGAUGAUAGCUCAGUCUGUCGGUGAGAUACACACCAUAGUCUGUGGGAGGAGCCAGCAGCUUAGUCCUCAUCAGGUACAGAGUAACACACGUCACUACGGAGCUACGUACAUCACGUGACUGGUGUCACUAUCACAUACUGGCUUUACCACAUUGUCUUUAUCAGAUAUUGUGGUCACACGAUGUGGACUGUGUUUUCCAUGACUGAAUACACACCCUGUAUUUGUACAUGUCUCGGUGUCUGUAUGUCUGUGUGUCUGUCCAGAGAGGCAUGUUCCUUACCUCCAGCACUGUUGUUUGCUAAUCAUGGACACAUUCUUGAUGAUUGUUCUCUUCUCACAUGAUUGUUACCUCAUUCUGAGAGAUAUUUGUGAACGAGUGUUUUAGUAUGCCUGGAGGACUAACACAUAGCUGCUACACACACCGAUAUUUGGUGUAUGUCACAGGCAGAUAGUAAUAGUCGUCUGUCUGUGAGAUCAUUGAACUUUCAUAACAAUUGGCAUGAUCACCUGGGACGGGUAAUGGGUGUGGCACUUCACAAGUCGGACUGUUUUGUGUGAUCUCGUCUAGAAUUUACAGUGGAGAUGUUUGUCCACACCUUUGAUGGGAGAGAACUCUGGUGUGUUGUAGAUACUGGAGAAAGCAGUAUGUCAAAGACAUAGGGAAAAAGCAAUGGGAGACAACUCUGGUGAGUCAAAGACAUUGGGGAAACAAUGUGAGACAACUCUCUGGUGUGUGAAAAACAUUUGGAAAAGCAUUGGACGACAACGCUUCCCAUUGCUUGGUGAAAUGAAAAGGACUGGUGUGUCGCAGAUAUUGUGGUGACCAGUCAGUAUGUCUGAGAAAAAACAACUGUGCAUCACAUUUUGCUGAUGUAUAUGUGAAUCGCUCAAUCCUUGAUAUCAGGUAGUCAAAGAAUUGUGCACCACAUGACCACGGACAGUUAAUGUUGCAGUAGACAUUGCUGGUGAAGAUAUUUAUUGUUAUUAUUUAAUGUUAUUAUUUAUCAACCACAGUUUGUCCUGAAUGUUCAAAUACUCCAGGAAUCAUAUUUUUCAGGCAGGGUUUUUACUGGACGUGCGUGUGUAAGUUUGUUUUUUACCACAUGGUGGCAGCUGACAUGUAUACAGACUUGUUGCCAUGGGGCAAGUGAACACUAAGCUGUUUCCGUGGAGAUGAAAUAGUUUUGUGUGAUGUUUCUGUUGUUAAGUGUUAUUUAUUUAAGACAUUCUUACUAAUUUAGUAUUACACUGCAGCUUGUGAGAACCACGGAUUCUUUUACUCUGCCUUGUCUACCUACAGCUGGUUUGUUCACUUAAAUCAGAGGUGCAGCGAUCGGCAUCACUAACACUGACAUUUUCAACAACCUAAUAAAGUGCGAGGUAGCACAGGGUAAUAACUGUUUAACACACACAUACAGACGACACACCACACACACACAACACACUCACACACAGAUGACACACCACACACACAACACACACAAAUCACAGACACACAGACAACA